AGGAACUAUUUGAUCAUCCAUUACAGAAAAUACUAUUGUAAACGUAGAAGUAUUUGUUUCAAUUUCAGGCGUUAUUUCAGCCGAAAUUACAAAAUGAAUCGUCUUAAAUUCGAAAUAAGCAACCCUGAAUCAUAUAGGUGUUGUUUCUGCUGCCAUGUCAGAACUGGUACCCUUAUAAUUGGGUUGUUUUACUUGCUUGCACAGUUAGCAUGCAUUGGCUUACUGUUAUUUUUGUCAAUUAAUCCUGAUGUGUUGGCCCCAAAACCAGAUAGUCAUAUGAUGACUGAUAGUAUUGUGGUUACAGAGAAUGAUGAUGGAUAUUUCAUUGACACAUACUCUGUUUUCACCCGUAAACAAUUCACUAAAGAAGAUAUGUGUGUUGCUUAUGGUCUGACCUUUGCUGCAAUUUUAAUCACAGCUUCGUUAAUCUAUGGUGUAAUAAGGACCAAGCCUCGAUACCUCCUACCAUUUUUCUGUCUUCAAGUUUUUGAUUUCUGUUUGAAAUGCAUCACUGUUGUUGGAUUUUUCACUUAUGCUCCUAACAUUAAGCUGUGGAUUGAACAACAAGGUCUAGCUAAUCUACCAGGCUGGAAUAUGUUGAUGAAAAUGGAUAGUAACUGGUUAAUGCUUGGUUUCGUCACAUUCUUUGUCUUUGUCUUGUGUAUCAAGGCUUAUUUGAUUGGUGUGGUAUGGGCUUGUAAUAAAUACCUACAUUUGAAAUUGGCUAACAGAAGUGUUGUCAGAGAAUAUACAGUUGAUCCAGACUCUGAGAUGCUUCUACCACCAAAAUAUGAAGAUGCCAUCAAAAUGAAUGUUCCAGUAAAGAUGGAUGGACCAGCUCCUCCACCUUAUGCUCCUUAAUUUACUAAAAAAAUAAAUCCAAUUGAAGUUCAGUUUACAUCACAACUUUAUUCAAAUUUUAUAUAGAUUUACAAUAAUUACAUAUGUGGAUGUAAUCAUGGCUUUUUCAAUCCUUAUUUCAACUUAGUGGGUUAUUUAUUUAUAUAAGUUCAAAGUCUACAAUAUCAUCUCUAAAAUCUGAAUAAGUUACAUAUUCUUUAUUCACAAGAAGCUGGGGUUGUCAGAAAAAAUAACAAAUUUUUGAUUUAUUCAGCUUCAUGCAAACAUAUCCCCAGACCUAUAGCUUAUCAGUGUUUACUGAAGAAAUAUGUGGACAUAUGAUUUCAUCUAAACUGGUGUAAAUAUUGAGUUUUGGAGCUAUUGUAUCAUUUUGAUUUUUUAACUGUGGGUGAUAUAAAUUUGUAGUGAUUGUCCUGUUUCGCUAAAGUUUCGUUAUUGUUAAAUAUUAGGUAUUGUCAUUUCACUUAUUCAGAAGUCACUUACAGAAGGGUUUAAGAUCGCUUCUCUUCAAAGGAUGAAGGGUACAAUGUUUGGCUAAAAAAAACUUUUUAUCAAUUAUCGAAAUGCCUUUGCAAAGAAAUUUGAAAGUCUUAGCUGAGUCUUACUUUGUAUUGUAUUCUAUUAUAACUUCCAACUGUAACUUCAUACUUAUCCAUUUGGUAUUGCCUUCACUGUGAUAGUUUGUCACUCUUUAUAAUAACUAACAUCAAUAAAUUAUGCUUUGCACUAAGUUUGUAUAUAUUUGUGUUUGUAAUUAUAGAGAUACUGUGUGUUUUAUGUCAAGGGUAUAAUAUUGUGUAACAUUUCAAAAACUGGUGAAAGGGAGGUAAUGUGUCCAACUUCUGAGUUCCAAGCUUCCAAGAAUUUUUAUUUAGAUUUCGCAGACUGAGUGUAGUGAUUAUGUAAAGUGCAAUCAUAGCGGAAUUAAAAUCUUAUUUAAGUCUGACACCCAGACUUCUCCUGUCUACAAUGAUGAUAUGCAUAGACAAGGACGAACUGGAUGAUAAAGGCUAAUCUUUUCUAUUGUGGUCAAAGAAAUCUCAAUUGAAACAGAAAGUUGUAUACAUUAAAGAGAAACUAAUAUCUUAAUUUUGUAAGUUUUAUUUUUUCACCAUUUUUAGAUCUUAAAACAAAGAUAAAUAUGUGAAAUGGUUCUUUUUUUUUUUUUGCUCUUGUGAUAUUAAAAUAAAAGUUU